UUCAACCGCCACAUUCACUCCAAAGCUUUUCUCUCCAUUCCCAAACUCUUCACAUUCCUUCUUCAAUGGCGGACUCAGACUCCAACACGCCUAUCCCCUUCGUCUUCCCUUCCUCCGCUCCCCAAGGAAGCCUUCGUCGGCGGUGAUGAUGGCGAAGAGAGACGAGGAACUCAAGGAAAUCCGAUCCAAGACAACCGAACAGAUCAACGAGGAGAUUAUCGAUCUCAAGCGUGAUCUCUUCAUGCUCCGCCUCCAGAAAUCUUCUCGCACCGAGUUCAAGUCCAGCGAGUUCCGUCUCAUGCGCAAAAAGUUCUUCAGGACCUACUAAAGAUCUCCUUAAAAAGGGGGCCAAAACCCUGAAACCUCGAUAAAGGUCUCUCUUCCCGCCAAGUCGCCGUCGUCAACUGCCGCCACUGCCUGCAGCGUCGCAAGCCCAGUCGAAUCCCCAAUCUCAUCUCGUUGUAGUUGCAAUGACGGAAUCAGUUUUGGCGUUCGAAGAAGUGCAGAGAGAGGUUGAAUGCCAAGAGUCAUCGUUGUCGCAGUCUUCUUCUUAUGGCCUCAAAUUGGUGCCUUGGAUUUGCUGGGACGAGUGGCUCUUCGUCUACGAUUCUCUCUUCUCUGAUUCUCAUGAAGCUUUUGCCUCCGCUUUCAGAAAGAUAUCAACAUGGAGAAGCCGAGGAUGCCUUCCUGUUACGGUCGAUGUUACGGCAUCUAUCAUUGAAAUUCAACAAAAAGAUCCUUACUUUAGAAAGGGCCAAGAUAUUGCUACUUCAGUUGAAGAUGGAGCAAAUCAAUGUGUCAACGUUUCUCUUUCAGAUGAAAUGCUGGCCAUGUUGUAUUCAAUGGCAAUCAUGAGAUGUUUCUUUUCCUUUGGAAGGCUUGUCAAUGGUGUUAUUGAGAAGACACGAAAGAAACAAGAGGUUUCAAUUGCUGUGGCUGCUAAUGCAAUUGGCAUGCCACGUACAUUGAUUGAUAUCCGCCAUGAGGGAUCUCAUCGUGAGCUUCCUGCACUUCAGAUAGUCCGUGGUGCCUCAAUUACAGCACUUGAUUGGUUGAAAUCUUACUACUGGGAACCUCAGAAGAAGGCAAUUCCAUUUCAGGGUGACAGUACUACUAAGAUCAGAAAACGAAUUAAGUCUAAACUCCACGAGCUGGCCUUUUGCUUGAAUGCUAAGGAGAGUCUUCAAUCUUCCUCGUCACCAUUGAAAGGGAAACGUGGCCGAAAUUUCAAUUUGCUUUGUGGGCGGAAUAAGUUUCUUUCACUUGCAACUGGAGAACUCCGCUCAUCUAAAUCUGAAGGUAACAAGAAACAGAUCACAAAGGUCAUAAAACAUCUUGUUGGGUUGUUUUCCUCCUGCUCCUCAGAAGUUGUAUCUGCAUUGUUGGACCUCUUGCUAAUGGCUUUAAGUUCCUCACACUCAAUGGAGCCUUCGGUAGAUGCUGAGAUUGGUCCAAGCACAGAGACUUUGUUGGAUGAAUGGAAACUUCCUAUAAAAAAGAUUUCAAACAAGGAGCCAGAAGUCCUCGCUGCUCUUCUUAAGGAAGUUCUUGAUGUGAUUGAGAGUCAUGAAAAUAUGAAGUAUGAAACAGGGACAGAAUGUCUUACAUUGUCUGACAACGGCCGAGAUGUUCGUCGAGUUGAAUACCUUGCUUCUCUUUUUGCAUGGCUUGUUCAAAUCCUCAAGGAAUUAAAGCCUCGCCGCCAUAAAGAUUCUGCAGCUAAGACAAAGUCGUCCUCGGCAGAAUCAACGAUAUCAAAAGCAUUACUGAUGCAACUGCUACGAAAAUGCCUCGCAUUGUCGGCUCCAGGAAACAAGCAUCUGAUGGAUUCUGCCCUGUAUAUCACCCAGCUGAUUGGAUGCAACCAUCUAAUGAAGAAACUAAACAAACUCUCUUCCCUAGUCUCAUCAAAUUCAGAAAUUAUCGAAGACAAGUCCUCUCUCUUCAAUUCGAAGAGUCUUAUCCAGCGAGAUGAAUCCAUUUCUCAAGCAGCUAAGAAGCUUGAGUUGAUCAAACACCUCCGAAUGAAAAGGAAAGUAGCAAAUGCUGCAGAUGAUGACAUGGGAAAUUCGAGAAGGUGGGCCGUCUCAACGUCGUGGAUUCCAUGUCCAAUUGGCAUGUUACCUAAUUCUGUGGGGUCUUCUGGAUGCCUUCCUGUUCUCGACUGCAAAGGCGACCAGAAGAAGAAUUCUGAAACUCAGCAAGCAAGAGAAAAUUUGGAAUUCAACUGUUAUAGUGAAGCGAUUGGGCCUACUCCUGCGCUGCUAGACGGCUCUGGUGUCAAGAAGAGACGGCUGACAGUUGAAGGCGAUUUUGAAUCUAAUCGGGGAGAGGAUGUCUCCAUAUUGGAAGGUCUUGAUGGGCAACUGAUGAUAGGCGGGGUUUGGAAGACAGUUGGAGAAGAAGAUAUACUUGAUAUUAAAUCUUCGGUAAGGAUAUUGGUUUAGUCACAACUUCAACCAUGCUUAGCUGAUUUGAUUAUGAAAAUUACGAGUUUCUAUCAGGACAUUGCGAUCUGAGGUUGCGGUUCUUCCUUGGAUCGUGUCAACGCAUUAUAUCAUUAUUAAACGAAACCGUCGUUACUAAUGCAUUUUUGCGCCGACGAUGCUUCUGAUCAUUGCAUGAAGUUGGAUUAAGAAUCUAGCAAGGAUUAGAAUGGAAGAUGUUCAAUAGUUGUUUUGAGUUGUUUUCCAAGAAAUCCAAACGCCCAUAUGUUUCCCA